GAGCAGGAAGCAGCGGUAUAACCUUGGGAGAAGGGCUGUUUCACUCUCGGCGUUUGAGUGACAGACCGUAAUUACGCAGCGGAGUUCGAGCUCGUGCGUCAAUCCGUCCUGUUAGUGUGCGAAUCAGGUGUUUCUGUUGAGCUCCUCGGUGUUUGGAGUCAAAGUAUUCAUUGAUUAGGCUGAUGCAUUGUGUCAGAGCACAAAGCCCCCGUCUGCUUCAUCUCGAGCGCCCGCCCAUUGGGCUUUCUGCGGAGCGAUAGUGGGAGAUUGAUUAUAGUCUCCGGGAUUUUCCGUGGAGUAAGCCAGAGCCUUGCUUGGACUGCGAUUCGCUCUCCCAUCAGUGAAGAGGAGGGAAUUAUUAGCCAACAUCAAGGACUUCUCUCUCUCAGACUGCACAUUUCCACAUCCCUUGUGCGCAUUUCGAGUCCAGCUUUCCAAAUUACGCGCUGGACUUUCUGCUUUUUUUUUUUUUUAAUAAAUUGAAUUCUUCCUACAGGAAGAGGAGGCAGUGUUGGUGUGAAUCGCCUCCGCAGUCUUGGAUGCGUAGUAAACGGGGGAGUGGGUUGGGUCGCCCAGGCGCCUGGCAUACAUACGCACACGUCGUCAGCGGCAGAAGCAGAUAGAAAGCGGCUUUAACGCACACUGUCCGAGCCCCGAUCACGACCAGACAUCGCCUCCUCCUCAUCAGAAGGGAAUAUUGGAAGUGAAUCUGCGGGGCAACACACACAAUGGCAACCGGUGCGCUCCUUCUCGCCUGUGCGCUGCUUGCCGGUGUUGCCGUGGCUCAGAGAGUUGUAACCGUCCAAAGUGGACCGCUGAUCCGGACCGAGGGCUCACAUGUGACUAUCUGGUGCAACGUGACGGGCUACAAAGAGGGCGUGGAGCAGGACUUUGAGUGGUCCAUGUAUUUGCCGUCUGCGCCGGACAGGGAGAUCCGCAUCGUGAGUACGGCUCAGCCGAACUACGCCUAUGCUGUGUACGCCCAGAGGGUGAAUAAUAAAGAUAUCUACAUCGAGAGGCUGAGCCGAGACUCUGCUGUGCUACACAUCACCAAAGUGCUGGCCAAAGACCAGGGUUUGUUUGAGUGUUACACCCCCAACACGGAUGGACGCUACCUGGGAUCCUACAGCGCACGCACCAACCUCACUGUCAUUGCUGAUUCGCUGACAGUAACAGCUUCAGCUCAGACCCUGUCCAAAGUGGAGGGCGACACGCUCCAGCUAACUUGCGAGGUGUCCCGGACCACGCUGCAGCACACUCACUUAUCCGUAGGAUGGUAUCUGAGGUCCCCGGAGGACGCCACAGCUCCACCUCAGGAGCUGGUCACCUUGUCCAGGGACUUCGUUCUACGCUCAGGCGGGCCGUACCGGCAGAGGAUGGCGGCGGGGGACCUCAGGUUGGAUAAAACCAGCGCUACGAGCUACAGGCUGACCAUUCACAAGCUGCAGCCUGUGGACCAGGGUCUGCUGUACUGUCAGGCCGCAGAAUGGAUCCAGGACACAGACGGGAGCUGGUUCGCCAUGACUCGCAAGCAGAGUGAUAAGACCCAGCUCCGGAUUCAGCCCACAGAUCGAGAUUUCAGCAUCCAGGUGAGCACGGAGCGACGGUCCUUCACGGCCGGUGAGCCGCUGGAGCUUCGCUGCACCAUUGAGGCCCAGAACGUCCCCGAGCGCUUCUUCUCGGUGUCGUGGGUCUUCAGCAGCUCACCGGUGGCCGUGGUGGGCCCCAGUGCCGUGCCUGUCCUGGGCCCAGAGUACGUAGCCCGAGAGGCAGCGGGUCACAUGACAGUGCGCAAAGAGAGCCCCAACGUGCACCUUUUAAAGCUACAGCACCUCCGGCCCGAGGAUGCUGGGAAGUACAUCUGCCGUGUGACGGAGCGGGAGAAGACGCCCACGGGAGACUUCAUCGAUCGCAGCAAGAGGUCCAGAAAUGUCCAGAUCACAGUCCAGCCGCUCAAGAGCAACAUCACAGUGUCUUUGUCCACUAACUCCUCCGAGGUCCUGGAGGGGGAUGUCAUCCAGCUCAGCUGCCUGAUCCAGACCACCACAGGCCCUCUUUCUGUUUCCUGGCAGUGGACGGACAAGGAGGGUACCGGAACGGCUCAGGAGGUGGCCUCUGUGGAUAAAGACGGCACGGUAUGGCACAGUCCUGUUUACAGAGAGCGGGCCAGUUACGGGGAGAUCCGUGUUGAGAAGGUGGGGGCCGACACGUUCUCUCUGUCCGUUUACAACGCCUUACCUGGGGACGAGGGACAGUAUAGCUGCGCCGCUACAGAGUGGAUCCAGACCGGGACGGAGCCAGAGCUCAUCUGGGAGAAGAUAGGAGAGAAAUCGGCAAACAAGACAGUCACUGUGAAGACUGUUGAGUCCUCCUUCAUGGUUUCAGCCGUUUCCAGGACGCCAUCCGUCACCUUCGGAGACUCCUUUGACCUCCUGUGUUUGGUCAAGCCUCGCCACAACCCACGCGUCCCCACAUCUGUCACCUGGCGCUUCAUGCCAGCCAGCGCUGAACCGGACAUCGACAACGAGGAGGAGGAUCAGGGCGAGUUCAAAGACCUGGUGACUUUCACCCGCGAGGGCACGCUGCAGUGGGGCGAGCAGCUGCUUGGGCUUGGCACACGCACCACAGUCGACCGCUCGCACUCUAACACCAACUUCCGUCUGUCGGUGACCCGGGCGGGGCGACGCGAGGCCGGCAAGUACCAGUGCACCGCCGUGCUUUGGAGGAGGAAUUACGACAACAGCUGGAGCAGAGUGGCCAACCGCACCUCCAACCUGCUCGGCAUCAGUGUCCUACAGCCAGAGAGCAAGCUGCGAGUGCAGAAGACCAACCAGUCCCAGGUGUAUCUGGAGGACAGUCGAGUGAGGAUCAAUUGCUCCAUCACAUCCCAGACCAGCCAGGACUCCCAGCAUGCCGUGUUUUGGUAUGUGAGGCGGGCGUCAGGGCCAGAAGAUGAGCUGCUGAGGAUUGAAAGAUCGGGGGCCUUCAAGUACGGGGGCAACGCAGACGAGGAGAGACUUCCACGCAGAGUCCAGGCGGAGAGGCUGUCACCCCGCCUCUAUGUGUUAACGCUCAACCGGGCAGAGGAGAACGACUCUGGGGCGUACUACUGCCUUGUAGAGGAGUGGCUAAGUGACCCAGAUGGAGCCUGGUAUCUACUCUCCACAGAGUCCUCAGGGUUCACGCAGGUUCUGGUCAGACAGCCAGAGGUUCGACUUCAAGUGGAGGAAAUGGACGCAAAUGUAACGGUUGAAGAGUCUAGCUUCAUCCGGUUGGGCUGCAGCAUUCCUUCCCAGUCAUCCAAGGACUCCCGCUUCUCCGUGUCCUGGUACGUGGAGCGCCUCGGAGAUGAAGAUGAGGAUGACAUGGAGCAACCAGGUGAUAGGGAGAGAGAGCAGGAGUGUGUCUUUUCCAUCGGACAUGACGCCGUUUUCGGAAACGGAAACUGCAACCCCAGAGAGGAGGGAGAGCCAAAUUCUCGCCUGCAGUUUGAGAGGAAGACCUCAGAGCAGUACAGCCUGACCAUUCAGGGGGCACGGCCUACAGACGCCGGUCGGUACUACUGCCAUGUAGAGGAGUGGCUGCUUAGCCCCCGCAAUUCAUGGUACCUCCUGGCCACCAACAACUCUGGGUUCACCAUUGUCAACGUACUGCAGCAAGUUUCUACUCUGAAGUCGGUGGUCUGCUCCAACGAGGCCCUCUUCUACUUUGUCUUCUUCUACCCCUUCCCCAUCUUCGGCAUCCUCCUCAUCGCCUUGCUGCUCGUUCGCUUCAAGAGUCGCAACAACAACAAGAGCCAAGAGGGCAAAAACGGGGCCCCCCUGCUGUGGAUUAAAGAACCUCACCUCAGUUACUCUCCCACCUGUCUGGACCCGCCUGCACUCAGCCUGCACCCAGGAUCCGUCGACUAAGCAAGGAUCACGCCCACCUUUGCGUCGCGUACGUCGGCGGAUCCAGCAAUGCCAGGGAGCGGAUUUGGACUCCACCUCCAGACUUUACUGUCAUUCACUGCUGUGUCAAAUUAGUUGAAAAAUCCUACCCUGGUGGCUGCCUGUUUUAUGUUCUCUGUGAGUUUGAGUGUGUGUUAGGGUACGGAUGUGUGUCUGUGCCGUGUUAGCACGGUCAGUAGUGUGGGGCGAGAUAGUGUCAGGAGCCUUUCUCCUUUUUUGUUAUCUGUGAAACUCAUAGCUGCAUUUGUUUUGUUUUUAUUACUCUGAUUAAUUGUCUAUUUUUAAAAAGACAACAAAAGAAACUGUGCACAUGAGAUCGUCGGCCAAUCCGGGAAGAACAUUUAAGAGAAGGAACUCUAUAAUCGACUCCGGCACUGAGCAGUUGCCAAAAAAAACUCUCCGCACUGAUCCAAGAGCAGCCACAGCCUGGCCCACUAUGUUGGUUGCCAUAGUGAUUCUCUGCACCCACUGACUCGGUAGCUGGUGACUUGGUUGCCAGCCUGCAUAGAGACAAAGGCAAGGACACACAAGUCUGUGUCCUAAAGUGAGGAUGUUUGUGUUUGUGUGUUAGCGCGUUGGCCCACCUGCCUCCACAAUGAAUUUGCCUUGGCAGACAGAAACAGAUCCUCGUGUGCCACUUAAACACUGCCAGACACUCUGGCCUUAGCGAGAGGCCGCUCGGCUCUGCUCUUCGACCCUCCUCCUCCUCCUUGUCUCUGAGAGGAGAGGGAAGGAACGUCCCUGACGAUGGAGGAUAAACGAACAGUGCUCUCCUGCUGAAGUUACACGUACUUUCUCAUGAGGGAAAUGGUUGCCAAGAUUUUUCCACACUGUCCUCUGCAGCUCCUGUUUGAAGUUUUAAAGAGAUGAGAGAAAGCUGAUUGGUUUGGAGGCAGAUUGUAAAUAUGUCUGCUUACCUCCUGCUGUGGCUUUAUGGGGCCUUUUGGGGCGAAAGGGCAAUUUCACAUGCAGUCAUGUUGAAUCAGUGGGAUUGUCCUGCUUAAAUAACACAGUGGGGGUUGUCGACUGAAAGUAAAUCUUGCACAUUUCUUUAAGUUGCCCCGUAUGACCACUCCGUCCUGUCUUUAGAAGAUAUAAAAAGCUCAAAAGAUGCACAUUAGAUAGUGAUUUAAGAGCCCCACUGAGAAUUCUCAAUGUGUAGAUGUGCUGUAAACAUGUAAGCUGCACAUUAUAAGAAAACAGAUUUCAUGUGUGUGGGCGAAUCUUUGUGUUUAUUUUAAAGAUUUUUCUAUUUAUUGUUUUAUACUACUUUGCAUAGCUUUGUAAGAUUUUUCUUUUGCUUUGAAAUUCUCUAAGAACUGUGCUGCUUGUGUUGCCAGGCCAAGCAGAUUAUGUCAAUAGCCUGUAUGUUGGCAAUGUGGUAGAUGUAGAAAUGCUAGAUUUGUCCUGCGCAUUGCAGUCUGUAGCAUUUCAUACCAGAUUGUCAAGUUUGGUCAGUGUCAAAACACUGUAUAUCUUUACCUAUAAGAGGAUGCGACUGUGGCUUUACUUGUACAAUAGUUGAGCAGAUAAGUCACAAAAAUCAGUUCACUUAAUGCUUUCCGCUUGAGUCGCAUUUAUUUAGUGAAAUGUGAUGUAACACCUAAAUAGGAUGUUUGAUCAAAGACGGCCGAGGCUGAACUGUUUAAAGACAUCAUGGAUCAAGCUCAAGGCCUCAUCCUCGCUCCCCUGACACAAGGCAGAAGGGUUGGAAAUUCACCUCCGCAGAGGUGUGACAUCAUCUACCUGACCCGGGCCUAACCCUCUCACUGCCAGACUGAACGUGAAAAACACUCGAGAAAAAACAUUCUUGUCUCAAUCGUGUCAACAUGUAUAUUGCAUGACAAUAUCGCAGGAGGAAUUUUGAUGUUUUGUAAAACUUUGAACUCUUUGAGCAUUGUGUUUGUGUGACAGAGCAGUGCCCAAAACACCCGCCUUCCUGAGCCAAGAGUCAACACAAAGCCCCUGAACCCUUCAUCAUCUACGAUAUUUGACUGACACCUCCAGACCCCAACCCCCGUGAGCCUGUGAAGUAAUCUAUUUCAAGAAUGGGUGUUGUGGAGAUUGUGUUUGAUAUUAUUGCUCAUAUAUGUAUUUUUAAUGCUUUGCUUUUAUGCAGCACUUCAUUAAACAGAUUUAUGUCAAAAAAGUACGUAGCUUAUACUGACACAAACCACUAAGUUCUUAAAUUUUACUGUUUUCUUUGUCCAUUUCAAGUUCACCGCACUAUUCUAGUAUGGGUAAAGGUGGUGCUAUUAUUGUAAAUGUGCAGCUACAACUUAAAGAGGAGCCAUGCAUAUUAAGGCGUACUGGCAUCUUUAGAUUAACAUUAGUGUCUUUUAUAUGUGUUGCACAAAGAAACACACUAGAUUUCCUCAUUUUGGAGAAAAUUUUAAAAUAGAUUCCCAUGUAGGGUGACCUUUUUGGGCAGUACACUUUUAAAAGUGAUGUCAUAUGGCUGCAUUGGGCUUUGUUCAUGGAGUGUCAUCAUUAAACUCUUUUUAAGUUUAACCCCAAGUGCCAUUUCAGUAAAGAAGGCAACAAGGAAGAAGUUCCUGUAAUGCAAAUUGAGGUGAGUACAAUCCGAAUUGCAUGGAAAGAAGAACAAUGCAGCCAAAGUACAUCAAUAACCAGUUGUCACAAUACUAGAAGUUUGAAUUUCAAUAUGAUACUUGUUCAAAUCAGACAACAAAUCUGAUACCCUCUUUCUUUAUUUUUAUUUCCAACCUGCACACAAGACCGGUUCUAAUAGAAGGCAAAAUAAAUACAAUUUUCCUUAAAAAAAAUGGCAUACAAGGCCUUCUUAAUUUCCUCCGAAUAUAAACUAGAAGCGUACAUUUUUUUCAUAUUUAGGUUAUUUUAUAGGUGGAAUUAUUUUUUCAGGUUUUUGAGGCUGUUAUCGAUCUGCAGGUCAGGACAACAGGUCUGGCAGCAGACUCUAGAUCUCUAGCGCCCCCGCUGACAGACUGUUCAUGUGAGAUGCCGCCUCUUUCAGAAAGGAGGUGCCGUAUUUUAAUGGUACAAUGUAGUUUCAGUUUUAGAUUUUAUUUUUUCAAAAAUCAACUUUUGUUUCAAGCAAAGUCUGGCAGGCAAAUAUAUGAAAUAAAAAUGGUGCAAACAUUAAAAAAAAACAGGAAAAGGUCAGAGGUCUAAUCCAGGAUUAGAUUAUGUUUAGACCCACUUUAGAAGUUGUAACGGACUAUGGUUCGCUUUAUUUUUGUUAGUUUUAUCCAUCCAUCCGUCCAUUUUCUAUACAGCUUAUCCCGUUGGGGGUCGCGGGGGGCU